CGCAUUCAGUUAUUCACACACUUGUGGAUUCCGUUAUUCUGCUACUCUCUCUCUCUCUCUCUCUCUACAUGGACUCUCACUCUUCCUCCUCCGUUAUCAUUGUCGGUGCCGGCGUCUCUGGUAUUUCAGCCGCCAAGGUGCUAGCUGAGAAUGGCAUCCACGACCUCUUGAUCCUCGAAGCUUCCGACCGAAUCGGCGGCAGAAUCCGGAAGGAAACCUUCGGUGGCGUCUCCGUCGAGCUCGGCGCCGGAUGGAUUGCCGGCGUCGGCGGUAAAGAGUCGAAUCCUGUUUGGGAGCUAGCCGCCAAAUCAGGCCUCCGAACCUUCUUCUCCGACUACAGCAAUGCGCGAUACAACAUCUACGAUCGCAGUGGGAAGAUAUUUCCGAGUGGAAUCGCUACCGACUCGUACCAAAAAGCCGUGGACUCGGCGAUUCAGAACUUGAGGAACCAGGAAGCGGAAAGCGGUGGCCAUCAUAGCUCCACGUCCAAAGUUACGGAACCACCUUCGACGCCAAUUGAGCUGGCCAUUGAUUUCAUCCUCCAUGAUUUUGAAAUGGCAGAGGUGGAACCAAUAUCUACCUUCACAGAAUUUGGGGAGAGGGAAUAUUUGGUGGCGGAUGAAAGAGGGUAUGAAUAUUUGCUAUACAAAAUGGCAGAAGAUUUCCUCCAUACAUCAGAGGGUAGAAUUUUGGACAAUCGUCUCAAACUCAACCAGGUCGUCAGGGGAAUACAGCAAUCGAGAAGUGGGGUUAGAGUGGUGACAGAGGAUGGUCGCUUUUACGAAGCUAAUUACGUAGUUCUUUCCGUUAGCAUCGGCGUUCUGCAAAGCGACUUCAUUUCCUUCAAUCCACCCUUGCCCAGAUGGAAAUCGGAAGCCAUCACGAAAUGUGAAGUUAUGGUUUACACAAAAAUCUUUCUGCAAUUUCCAUAUAAGUUCUGGCCAGGUUGUCCCGAAAAGGAAUUUUUCAUCUAUGCACACGAUCGGAGAGGCUACUACACAUUUUGGCAGCACAUGGAGAGCGCAUACCCUGGUUCCAAUAUCUUGGUUGUGACAUUGACAAAUGGGGAAUCUAAACGUGUGGAAGCUCAACCUGAUACAGACACUUUGAGAGAAGCUAUGGUGGUACUGAGGGAUAUGUUUGGGCCAGACAUACCUGAUGCCAUAGAUAUACUUGUUCCACGCUGGUGGAAUAACAGGUUCCAACGUGGAAGCUAUAGUAACUAUCCUAUUAUCUCUAAUCCCCAAGUUUUCUACGAUAUCAAGGCCCCAGUAGGCCGCAUUUUCUUUACUGGAGAGCAUACGAGUGAAAGAUUUAAUGGCUACGUACAUGGUGCAUACCUCGCAGGUAUUGACACCAGCAGAGCGGUAUUAGAAGAAAUGAGAAAGGAGAAGGAAACAGAAGAUGGGAGCCAAACUCAAUUACAAGAGCCAUUGCUAGCACUAACAGAGUCAUUAACAAUGUCACAAUCAGACACGGUCUCAAAUCUCCACAAAUGUGACAUUCCAACACAGUUAUAUCUCGGUGGCAAACGUGGGAUCACAGAAGCCAUAUUAUGA